GAAUGGUAGCAUUGAGCACGCUACUGUUCAAUAUGUUAACAAGCCCUACAAAAGGAAGAGAUCAGCUCCAGCAGAGCCAGACAUCAUCGAAAUAUCUCCUCCUCUCAAAUCUGCAACUCUUAAGAUCGUUGACAAAUCUUGUAAUACCCUAAAAAAACUUGAAAACUCAGAAAAUCUGGACAGAUUGUCCCCGUUCUCCAAGAUGUUGAUAAAUCCAGAUGACAAGAAAGACCCUGAGGUGAUAUCCUUAGACCCUGGAUCACCCAUUCCUCAAUCUCCAAUAUCAAUUGCAAGUAACAUUCUAUCAGAAUCUUUCAUUUUCCCAGAGAAUGCUGACCAAGCAGGUCUCUCUUCUCCACUCAGCAUUUCGCCACAUACCAAUGGCAUCAGUAUCUACGCAGAGGCAAAUGCUCGCAGUAAAGUUUGUAAGCCGGUGCUACUGAUAAAGAGAGAGCGGUUGGGUGAGGAGGUUGCCGCACAGUUGGUUGAGAGAUACAGCUAUCUCUACCCUUCACCUGACUCAGACGAUGGUAGAUCGUCUGACGAGAAAACUGAAAUAAAACUCAAAGAAUUUGUCCAGGACUACAUGAUACAGAAGAAGUACAAGGACUCCGGAGCCGUCAAGGCGAAGAUGAAGAAAACACCCACUUUAGCUGAGCUGAAGGUGACCAAACAUAAGAAGAGGGUGUUAGAACAGAGAAACAUGGCCUUAAUACGUCCUUCCGAGGAAACAACUGCAGACGGACUGCGAACCCUUCAGCUUCCGUCACACAGUCAGGUGGAAGCUACGAUAAUCUCUGAAAGUGAAGAGGGAUCUGUGGCUGAUGCCUCCGAUUCUGAAGAAGAAGCGGAGGAGCAGGACGAAGAGAAAGAAGAUAUCGAGGUGAUAGAAGAGCGGCCCACAACAACAGAAUCAGCCACUAUAGAAUCACUGCAGCAAGCCUACGAACAAGUUCACAAGAAGCGAUCCCUCUACCCUUCACAUUCCCAGUACCGGGCUCAGCAAGGAACCAACACACCGUAUACCUUCGGUACUAAUCGUAACAGUGGGCCGUGCAGGACGCUAGAUCUGCGGGAACCGCCCCCUACUAUGUUGCUCCACAAGUCUCAUUACAAUGGUCUUUACAAUUACAUUUCCAAAGAACACGACUACUGUUUGUACUAUCAUCGGCCCAAGAAUGUAAAGUGGGAAGUUUCUCGUACUAUCCCAAAUUUCAAGGACCCAACACCAGCGCCUGCACCGUUAACCCCAGCCAACACUUUGUUGCUGAAUGCAUUGCCGCGACCCAACUAUGUGAUGUCAGAACCCUGGUUGUUUGUGCCGAGUGUCGAGGACGCGCGGCAUGAGGCUGAGGUAUAUCAACAAGCGCUUGGUUUUGAAACUGUUAUGAGGCACAUGUUGAAAAGUGUGGACUCCCCUCAGGCUUCUUUAGUCGAGUGUGCUAAGUGUAGCAUUGACUUUUCAAGUGAAUGGUUCACAUUCAUGUCGAAACGGUUGUGCAAGGAAUGUUACAAGAGGGAGGUUAAGUCCAGGAACUCGAUAAUUUAUUUAACUAAUAUAUCACAUAUCGCAAGAAAAGCGCACGACAGAGUAGGUCAGAGUUGAGCAUUUAUGCAACUUUUUUCUGGUGUUUCGUUAUUCCUGGAACGACUCUAUAAAAUUGUAAUGAUGGUGGUCAUCCCAAGAAUUGGUUCACAUUUUGAGUUCUUUAC